GGGACUCCCCAAAGCCUCGCAAGCGCGGCCCUUAAGAAGGACGGACGCACCGUUGAGGAACAUGUCCCUUCGACUGCGACAGCUCACGCGGUUUCCAACACUCUCCUUAAUUCUCAUCACCGGAUUUGGAGUUGCAGGUGGUCUUUAUAUCCUUGCAAGGAAGACCUUCUUUGUUCCUGAAGUGAGCUGGGAGAAAAACCAAGAAUCGUGGAAUAAUCUGGAUCCCAGUGACCAGUACAAGUUAUUUGCCAUGUCUGUGGACUCCAAAGACCUGAAGAAGGAUCGUCCAGACUGCUGAAAGUGUCACAUCGAGUCAGUUUCCUACUCCUGCCAUGUUGAAGGAAAGUUGCUGGACUUGUCAUUGGCACAGCCGCAUCUUCUGCCGUCAUACCAGGCAGAACAUAUCAGCCUUUCGAAAGUUCUCCAUUAAGCUUCUGCCUCAGCCAAGGUAACUUUGCAGCUGUUCUUCCCUGGCUCUGCAGUUUGCUGGUGUCAACCGCAAAGAUCACCAAUCAACUUCUACAGCCCAUCCGACAGAAUCAAAAGUGCGCAGUGACCCAUUCUACCUCUGGGAAAUACCCUUAAAUAUUGAGUUGGACAAACAACUUGUUUAUCCAAAAAAAAAAAUCAGGAGGGUGGGGGGAAGAGAGGGAGAGACAAAGUGACACAAAGCGCAUUCUUUUUGGUCCCAUUUGUGCAAACUUUUUGGUUCAGUAUUUUCCUUCCCUUCCUACAAAAAUCCUUGACCUUGAUGUGUGGCAUUUCCUGCCUCCCACGCUCUGUUUUAUUAUUCCCACAGAGACAGGAUAGUCCCAGCACCUAGAGCAGUGAUGGAGAACCUUUUCGGCUUGGUGUGUCCAAAAUUUGAAAAAUGGCUAAUUUGACUCACUACCCUCCCCCUCAAACAAAAAAGAAACAAUUAUUUACAUCUUCAUUUGUUUAAAAAAACAUCAUACGUGUAUGAUUCCCAGAAUCUGCUGCACACUUCCCUCAGGUGGUGGUUUCUUUCUGUUGACAGGCCCCUGCAGCAGCUCUGGGUCACCCAAGGCCUUCAUUCUUGAACCGGCUUGGGAGAAGGCUCUUCCAUGGCCUCUGCAGCCUCCGAAAACCACAAAAGCACAUCCCAUUCUUGUAUGAUUUUCAGAGGUUCUGCAGGCUGCAGACGUCCACAGCCUUCACACGUGACUUCUGGAGGGUCUGGAGGUCACAUGAGAACACACCCUAUUUUCAUGUGGCCUCCAAGAUUUGUGCAAAAACAGGGUGUCCUUUCAAGAAUAUUGUCAGGUGUUGGUGAAUGUCGGUGUAUCACCCAAAACAUGGUGUGUCACUCUAGACUUUAUGUCAUAGGUUCACCAUCACUGACCUAGGUAUUAGAAUUAAUAAUGCUAGUUGAAUUCUUUUAGACGACACUGCCUAUCAUCAAUUCUGAAAGGAGUCCCAAGUGAUCCAGAUUAGUCUGCAAAUGUAUUACAUUUUCACAGAAUCUAUCUGGGCUUCGUUAGGAGUACAGGUAGUCCUUGACUUACAACAGUUCAUUUAGUGACCAUUCAAAGUUACAACAGCACUGAAAAAAGUGACUUAUGACCAUUUUUCAUACUUAAAAAUUCAUACUGUUGCAGCAUCCCCAUGGUCAUGUGAUUUUCAUUCAGAUGUCUAUGGAGAUUCUCAGUCAUCCAGGUCAUGCUUGAAAACCGGUUCAUAUUUAUGACGGUUGCAAUGGCCCGGGGUCAUGUGAUCAUCUUUUUCAACCUUCUGACAAGCAAAGUCAGUGGGGAAGCCAAAUUCACUUAACAACCGUGUGACUAAUUUAACAACUGCACUGAUUCACUUACCAAAUGUGGUAAGAAAAAUUGUGCAACUGCUAAGCUGUUUCAAAAAGAGUUGAAAGUGGUUUGAGAGAGGUAUUACGUCUGUUAACAGACAUAUACGCCAGCUAGCUCACUUUUGCCUCACACUCUUGUCUCACAGGCUCUCUGGGAAGAAUUUAAUAAUAGAAAAACCUGUAAGACCAUUUUCUCAGAAGCAACACGAGGUACGGAUAUGCAGACCAUAACUACCCAGAGUUGGGACUGGGAGUCAUAAAAAUAAUUGCAUGAUUCUCUUUCAAACUAUCUUUACCUUUGUGUUGUGUCUUGCCCGCCCUCAGAGCAGCCGGGGCCUUCUUACCUGCUCCCGCACACUGGGGAAUGUAUGCCUCCCGGUCCCAGUCCUGGCUCCAUGCCCACACAAACUGCAGAAGGAGAAUCUCCCUGCCCCAGCCCUGACUCCAUGCCCAGGCAAAUGGAGCAGCUAGACCCCUCCCCCUCCUCCACAGCAGGUGAGCCUGAGGAGGGUUUAUUACCAACAGCUGAUUGGUGUGACCCUCGCAUCAGAAGAUUGGAGAGGCGGAGGCAACAGAGGGAAGGGAGGGGCAGGCCUUAAUGAGUGCUGAGUCAUGGAGCCACACCCCAUGGCCUAUAUAAAGGAUCUGCUUUCUGGCAGUCUCUGAGUCAGGCAAAAGUCAAACUUAUCUUGCUGAAGUCACUUACUGGUCUCCUGCCUGCUCUGAGGACUUUGCUAGGACUUUGGGCAGAGCUGCAGAGGCACGCCUGAUUCGGAUUUCCCGGACCCAGCCGUCAGCGGAGGAGUGGGACACGACACUUUGGGGAAAUUGUGUCUUCCCUAUUUGAGUUCUUUGGCUCCAACCACAAAAUAUAAAUACAGGCCAGAGAUAGACCAACAAACAGGCCACAAGUAGGUCUUGUGACCAUUCACUGGAAAAAGUGACUUACAACCCGAUCCUCACUCUUACAACCACCGCAUCGUCCCCACAGUCACGUGACUGAAAUCCAGGUGCUUGGCAACCGGCAUGUAGGUACAACAGUUGCAGCAUCCCAGAGUAGUGGUGAUCACUAUUUGUGACCUUCCCAGGCAGCUUCCAACAAGCAAAAUCAAUGGAAGAAGCUAGAUUUGCUUAACGACCACACCAUUCAGUUAAUAGUGAUUUGCAGCUUUGGCCAAAAGGAUGUAAAAUCAGACAUGAUUCAUCUAAUUUAACAACAGACAUUUUGAUCUCAAUUGUGAUCAUAACUCUAAGACAAUCUGUACUGUGCAGAUCCCAAAAGCUACUCAAAAUUUAGUCUCAAGGGUAGACCCUGCAUCCUCCCCCACUCAUUCCUUCCUCUUUUUUUUUUCCUCUGGGACCUGCAGCAGUAGGGAACAUGGUCACUUACCCCUCUGCCAUUCAGCUGAUGUGGUCUCUUGCUACAGGACCAGAUAAAAGAGCACCUGCUAUUAGAUUGCUCCUUUUAAAAUAGCAGUGGGGAAGAUUCCCCAUUUUCAUUCUCACUUUGGGAGGAACAUUGCACACUUCCUUUGCCCCACAGUUUUCUGAUGGAAAUUAUCAGCUCUGAAACAAUUAUCAGAAUAAUUCUUUCAGAGCUGUUCUUUGCCUAUUGGGGGUGUCAGAAACAUAGGCCCAAAGCCUUUUCCCUCUGUCCACGUGUACAAAACUAACCACAGUUAUGAGAAAGGUUAACUUGGAUUAGAAAAAUACAACAGGAAAUUUUUGUCAGAAACCUGCUUCUAGCACUGCUGCUUCAGUCCCAAUGGGAUUUCAUCCUUGUUGCAGCUCUUUUAAAAUAAAAAUAAAUAAUUAGCAUCAAAGAAUUCCAUCCCCAACUUUCUACAUUAUUUUACUUAGGUUUCUAAGCUCUCUGGAGCUUUUAUCGUAUCUUUUCUUUUAUGUACACUGAGAGCAUAUGCACCAAGACAAAUUCCUUGUGUGUCCAAUCACACUUGGCCAAUAAAAUUCUAUUCUAUUCUAUUCUAUUCUAUUCUAUUCUAUUCUAUUCUAUUCUAUUCUAUUCUAUUCUAUUCUAUUCUAUUCUUUUAGCAUCUUCCACUUUGAGAUCUAGGGUCAUAAGCAUAGCUCGGUAGCCACAAAGCAAAUCUUUCAAAUUCACUCCAAAAUUUCAACUUCAGUCUUCAAUUAAAGCACCAGCAUCUACACUGGGGCUUGAAGACUUAACCUGCGAUUUGGGGAAACAGCAGCAGCAGUGAAACAGCACCAGGCACUGUUUGGGGGACACAAUAAUGCCAGCAUGUUGCAUCAGCAGCAGGAAAGCUGCCAGAUCUGGCCUGCAAAAAUCAGCAGCAAAGAAUGUGCUCUUACCUGUGGUCUUUUUAGACUGAAAGAAAGAAGAUGAUGGCAUGAAUAAUACCACCCAUCUGAUAGUUGCAGGGAAAGGUUGCCCCAUUUAUCCAUAGCUUUCUUCACCUGUGGCUUCACUUCUAUAUGUUGGAACUCUCUAGGCCCAUCUCUUAAAUUCUUCUGUGGCAUACAUUUCUUUUUAAAGACUGAAGGGCUAGCUGGAAGUCUCCUUGCCUGUGGAGCAAUGGUGGAAUUUAAAUUUUUUUACUACUGGUUCUGUGGGCGUGGCUUGGUGGGCCUAGCUUGGUGGGCGUGGCAGGGGAAGGAUACUGCAAAAUCUCCAUUCCCACCCCACUCUGGGGCCAGCCAGAGGUGGUAUUUACUGGUUCUCCAAACUACUCAAAAUUUCCGCUACCGGUUCUCCAGAACCUGUCAGAACCUGCUGAAUAGCACCACUGCUGGGGAACCCAUGGUAGCUAUCAUCUGUUCGUCCACUAUCUUCAGGCCAUAGUCAAGAUGCAUUCUGGCAUCCUGCAGUUAUUUAGUGGGGGUGGUUGGUUUCCCAAAGUUAAGUAGGGUCAGACUGGAUUUGUACUUGGAUAAGAGACCACCAGGAAAUCUUUCUAAGAAGACAAAACAUCUUGGAAGAAUAUCCUGCCCAAGAAAAUCUGUGAAGCUGAGCUCCACUGAAGGAGACUACAUUUACUUUCCUCCUAUCCUGUCAGCCCUCAGUUCAACUCAGGCUUUCUUUCACAGAUUUCCUUUAAUUUUAUACUAUUACAGGACAUGAAGUGAUUAGGAAUUACAGUACAGCAAGAUAAAACUGCAGUUGUUUUUAUCCUCUGCUUCACCUAAGCCUUACAUGCCUUCUGUCAUACCUCACACUAAGAUAAUUUCCUUGCAGAGGGAAAAAAAAUGAUACCUCUGCUCCUACACAGAAUAAAUUAUUUAAAUCUGCUGAGACUCAGAACUGACAUCCCAACUCAACCUAAGUGGUGAUCUGAAUCCAGACCUGAGGCUCAGUUGCAUUUUGUCUAGCCACAGUUAGUGCAACAAGCCAUGGUUGAUGUCUAAACCAUAUACAUAGUUUAUUACAACUUCCCAUAAUCUCUUCAUGAUUAUUCUGCAAAUCUGUAAUGCACCAAGUGCCUUGAGGUGCUAUUUUCAUGCUGAAGUCUGCCAGGUAAUGUAAAUCGGGCCUUUCUGUUUAACAGCCCUACAAUUCUCCAAACCAAUAUUCAUUCUUGUCCCUGCCUUUUAGAACAAACUUUGACCCUUAAUAGAGAGGAAGAAGAAACCCAGUUUGGCCCAGCAGUUGAGACUGGCAGACAGUGAGUUCUAGUCUCACCUUUGGUACAAAACCAGCUGGGGGAAUCUUAGGCCAGUCACUUUCUUACCAUCCUGAGAAGUACACAAUGGCAAACCAUUUCCAAAAUUUUGCCAAGAAAACUGCAGGGACUAAUUCAUCCGUUGUCAGGAGUCAACAAUGUGCACAAAGGUGCACAAAUGCACACACACACACAUACAAAAAGGACCAGUGAAUAAAUAAAUCAGAAAGCUCAAACUGCCCAAGGAGCUACUGAUCCAGUUCUACAGAGGAAUUAUUGAGUCUGUCAUUUGCACCUCUAUUACUGUCUGGUUUGGUUCUGCAACCCAACAAGACAGACACAGACUUCAGAGGAUAAUUAGAACUGCAGAAAAAAUAAUUGCUACCAACCUGCCUUCCACUGAGGACCUGUAUACUGCACGAAUCAAGAAGAGUGCCGUGAAAAUAUUUACAGAUCCCUCACAUCCUGGACAUAAACUGUUUCAACUCCUACCAUCAAAACGACGCUAUAGAGCAUUGCACAUCAGAACAACUAGACACAAGAACAGCUUUUUCCCGAAGGCCAUCACUCUGCUAAACAAAUAACCUACACUGUCAACCUAUUUACUAAAUCUACACUACUAUUAAUCUGCUCAUCGUUUUCAUCACCAAUCUCUUUCCACUUAUGACUGUAUGACUGUAACCUUUUGUUGCUUUCAUUAAGGGUUAAAUUGCAACCUAUGACUAUCAUUUGUGUUGUAAAUGUUGUACCUUUGAUGAAGGUUUUUUUUUCUUUUAUGUACACUGA